CCCCCCCAAUGAAUUGGCUCUAAAAGAUCAGAAGGAAAAUCCAACUACUAGAACAAUCAUUAGGGCCUAUUCAAUUCAACUACAUUAUCAUCUAAAGCCAAUACUAUUCCUUUUUCUUUUUUUUUUUAAAAAAAAGAAAAAACCCAGGAGAAGUGAUGAAGGGAAGCCUUUGCCAUGAGCUGGAGGUCGGCCUCCCGGCCGGCGAAAUCUGGGAGGUCUACGGCACGCUGCGCCUCGCCCGACUGGCCGUGGAACUGCUCCCGAAUAUCCUCCAAAAGGCCGACAUCGUCCACGGCGACGGCGGGGUCGGAACAGUUCUGCACCUCACAUUUCCUCCUGGAAAUCCCGGGCCACAGUACUACAAGGAGAAGUUCACGAAGGUCGACAAUGAUAAUUACGUGAAGGAGGCCGUGGUGAUUGAAGGAGGGUACUUGGAGCUCGGAUUUACAUCAUACUUAGUUCGCUUUGAGAUCGUAAAAAAGGACGGCGAUUCUUCCGUUAUAAGGUCGUCGAUCGAGUACGAGAUCGACGACGAGAACGCAGGAAAUGCUUCUUUUGUGACAACUGGGCCCCUUGUUUCUAUUGCAGAAGCAAUCUCCAGUCAUCUCAUGAAGCAAAAGAGUGCUGGUCGUCAUUACAACAAAUCUUGCACUUAAAAAUACUUUAAACAAUAAUUAGCGAUGUUUUGAAAUGUCGGCAAGUAUAAUUUCGACCCUUAUAAAAGCAUCGAAUAAAAAAUCGUGAAGUAAAUAUGCAUGUCGGAAUAAAUAUAUCGAUGCUUUAAUAUUAGCGUCGAAAAAUUUUUAUCAGUAUUUGAUAAGAAUAUAUUUAUUGGCGACGCUUAGUUAUGGCGUCGGUCAUGCCAAAUAUUGAAGAUGUCAGAAUAAAGUGUCGACUAAGAAGCGUGGUUUAAAAUAUAUUUUAUUGUACUGUCCUCAAAUCUCUUAAGCUAUAAUCAAGUUUAGAGAAUAUAAGAAUUUUUAAGUUAAA